AUGCAGAAGGGUGGCGCAGCUGCAAGCACGGUAUCUGAGGUGGCCGCGCCGCCUGUCGAUGGCAAGGAUAUCUGGUUAGCGACGGAUGCCCUGCAAAAGACAAAUGCGAUGCGCAACUACUUCCAACUCGAGCGAGACCGCAUCAUCGCCUUCUGGAACAUCUCCAAGAAGGAGCUCGAGGGCGUCAAGGAGUCGAUUCGUGAAAAGGAGCAGGAGAAGGCAGAGCAGGCGGAGCGGCAUGAGGUGGAGAAGCAAAUCUUCAAGCAGAAGAUCCGCCACCUGCUGUACGAAAACCAAGUUCAUGUGUCUACCAUGAAGGAGGAGGCACAUCGUGCGCUGACGAGUCGGGAGGAGGAGUACCGCGCGAAGGAGAGCAACGUUGCUCGAAACCUGCGCGACACCAAGCUGGCGGACCGUGAGCUGGAGGUGCGGCAUCUGGAGCAGCAGCGCGCUCUGCUUACUCAGCAGGACAAGGAAAUCGCGGAGCAGCAAUCGAACUUUGAGCGAGAGAUCAAAGAGAUGCACCUCAAGUAUGAACACCUUCUAAAGAGUUUGCGCGAGGAGAUGGACGAGGCCCGGAAAGAGGAGCUCGCUCGCAUUGAGGAACGUAAGGAGAGGCACAUCGCGGAGUUGAAGGAGACCCACGAGCGCACCUUCAAAGAGAUCAAGGACUACUUCAGCGAGAUCACCUCAAACAACUUAGAAACCAUUCGCACUCUCAAAGAUGAGGUGUGCGCUCGAAAGCGGACCGAAACCCACAAUGAGCGCACUAUGUACGAAGUGGCGCAGCGGAACAAGAGACUCACCGAGCCGCUCGCCAAGCUGCAAAGCCAGAAGAAGUCCCUCGAGUCGGAGCUGGAGAACUACUUGUCGAACAAGGAGGCCCUCGCAGAGGUGAAGCGGAGCAUCAAGGAUACCCAGCAGGAAAUCCAGACCAUUUCCUGGGAGCACGAGGUCCUCUUGCAACGUUACACGAAACUCGUCGAAGACCGCGAUAUUAUAUUGAAAAAGUACAACGCUAUGCUCCAAGAUAUCCAGCGCAAGUCCGCCUUCCGACGUGUGCUUAUCCAAAAGAAGCUGGAGCUGGUGCAGACGCAGUUGGACGGACGCGAUGCGAAGCUGACGGAGCUACUGAAACGCGCUAACGUGAACCCGGAUGACAUGAAGGAGUUAGAGCAGAAGGUGCACGACAUUAUCUCGGAGAAGGACAAGACGGUCGAGGACCUGAAGCAGCUGCUGCUCCGCCUCACCACCCAAAGCGAGCGCGUUGUCGCCACGUACGAGUCCUACAUGGAAUGUAAUGGUGUUUCGGGGUGGGUCGGCACCCCAGGCUCCACAUCUGUGGCAGCGUCGGUUUGCGCAUGA